UUAAGGUUGGUCGGUUUUUUGGAGAUACGAUCUUGUGAUGUGUAAGCUUCUGUGUAUGAGCGCAGUCAUUAUCAGCUCUGAUAACUCCCAGCGGCCAUUGUUCGAGCUCGAUUGACAUAUUCCCGCACAGGAAACAAGGUUGAAGGCCAGCUCCAUUUUCUGCAUUUCGGCGUUAUAAGAGCACGCGAUGACAUGAGCGUGCUGGAUUCACCGGUCGUCGCCAUGCUGCGCGCUGUGGUUGCCUUGCUCUGCCUGCAGGCGUGCGCGCUUGCGGCGCCCACAGGCGGGGCGCCGUGGUCCGCCAGCGGCCACGGACGCAUCAUCAACGGCACCGACGCCAGUAUCGCCGACUUCCCGUGGAUGGUGUCGCUGCAGCUGGCGGGCGACCACUGGUGCGGCGCCUCCGUCAUCGGCGACAGCUGGGCGCUGACGGCCGCGCACUGCGUCUUCCGGCACGAGGUGGCCAACAUGAGCAUGAGGGCGGGCACGUCCACGCGGGGCAGCGGCGGGGUCGUCCUCAACGUCUCGCAGGCCAUCAUCCACGACGAGUUCAGCAUCAUUUCUGCCGAAUACGACAUCGCCGUUGUACAGGUUUGCGAGCCCUUCCCGCUGGGCCCCACCGUGCAGCCCGUGGUCUUGCCCGCGGACGGCUACGACCCCCCGGCAGGGCUGCCGGUCACCGCCACCGGCUGGGGCUCCACCCGGGACGGCGGGGCGGCGGAGGAGCUGCAGAGCGCCGACCUCGAGGUGCUGCCGCGGUCCGAGUGCGAGGCGCGCCUGGGCGAAAUCCACGAGGUGACGGCGAGCAUGCUGUGCGCCGGCCACCCCAGCCGCGCCGUCUGCCACGGCGACUCUGGGAGCGCGCUCGUGCACGCCGGCACGCAGGUGGGCGUCGUCUCCUGGGGGAACCCCAGCUGCCUCAGCCCGGUCGCCGUCUACGGCAACGUGGCCAGCGCCAGGGCCUGGAUCAGGGGCGCCACUGGAGUCUAGCGUGCCGCUUCCGCUCUCCAGCCCUUCGUGGCACGUUCCAGAGUUCAAACUGAAGUCCAGCUGUGUUGAAUGGCUUUCUUUGUGUUUUUUUAAAUAAAUACUUAUUUUCCGUAUUGGACGAUGUAAAUCAAGGAUAUAAAUCUAUUAA